AUGGUUUACUGUGCAAUGUUUGAUGAUGGAUGGAUUCUAGCAACUGCUGGGACCGACUUCGACCUGCGGACCCUGCGAGCCGUCCGUGUGCUGCGGCCGCUGAAGCUGGUGUCAGGAAUCCCAAGUCUGCAGGUCGUCCUCAAGUCCAUCAUGAAGGCAAUGGUGCCUCUGCUUCAGAUUGGGCUGCUCCUCUUCUUUGCCAUCGUGAUGUUUGCCAUCAUCGGCUUGGAAUUCUACAUGGGGAAGUUUCACAAAACCUGCUUCUCUAAUGAGACAGGUGAAGAGGUGGGAGAUUUUCCUUGCGGAGAGGAGCCUCCUGCCAGGCAAUGCGAGAGUGGGACCACCUGCAGGGAAUACUGGCAAGGGCCCAACUAUGGCAUCACCAACUUUGACAACAUCCUCUUUGCUGUGCUCACCGUCUUCCAGUGCAUCACCAUGGAGGGAUGGACCGACAUCCUCUACAAUACGAACGAUGCUGCAGGAAAUACCUGGAACUGGCUUUACUUCAUCCCUCUCAUCAUCAUCGGCUCUUUCUUCAUGCUCAACUUGGUGCUGGGCGUCCUAUCAGGUGAAUUUGCCAAAGAACGAGAGAGGGUAGAAAACCGUCGAGCUUUCCUGAAACUCCGUAGGCAACAGCAAAUAGAACGGGAGCUAAAUGGAUAUUUGGAGUGGAUCUUCAAAGCAGAGGAAGUCAUGCUGGCUGAGGAAGACAAGAACGCAGAAGAGAAAUCUCCUCUGGACGGGAGGGCCGCCUCGGAAGGGCCGAUUCAACAAGGCACGGCACCGGCAGAGACUAGCAGCGGCAGCAGCUACAACAUGUUGAAAAGAGCCGCAAUAAAGAAGAGCAAAAACGACCUGAUUCAUGCUGAAGAAGGGUCUCCUUUUGCCCGUGCCAGUUUGAAGAGUGGGAAGAAUGAGAGCUCAUCCUACUUCAGAAGGAAAGAGAAAAUGUUCCGCUUCUUCAUCCGGCGCAUGGUGAAAGCCCAGAGCUUCUACUGGAUCGUGCUCUGCGUGGUUGCCCUCAACACGCUCUGCGUCGCGAUGGUGCACUAUGAUCAGCCAGAGAAACUCACCACUGCUCUGUAUUUCGCCGAGUUUGUUUUUCUGGGUCUGUUCCUUACUGAGAUGUCUUUGAAGAUGUAUGGACUGGGACCAAGAAAUUACUUUCAUUCCUCAUUCAACUGCUUUGACUUUGGGGUCAUUGUGGGAAGCAUCUUUGAAGUCAUCUGGGCUGCAGUGAAACCUGGUACCUCGUUUGGCAUCAGUGUGCUGAGAGCUCUGCGGCUGCUGCGGAUUUUCAAAGUCACCAAAUACUGGAAUUCCCUGAGGAACCUCGUGGUCUCCUUGCUGAACUCCAUGAAGUCCAUCAUCAGUUUGCUCUUUCUGCUGUUCCUCUUCAUUGUGGUGUUUGCUCUGCUGGGGAUGCAGCUCUUUGGAGGGCAGUUCAAUUUUAGAGACGAAACACCAACCACGAAUUUCGAUACUUUUCCAGCUGCCAUCCUCACAGUGUUCCAGAUCCUGACUGGGGAGGACUGGAACGCAGUGAUGUACCACGGCAUAGAGUCACAGGGCGGUGUCCACUCGGGGAUGUUCUCCUCCAUUUACUUCAUCGUCCUGACAUUGUUUGGUAACUAUACACUCCUGAAUGUCUUCUUGGCCAUCGCCGUUGACAACCUGGCCAAUGCCCAAGAGCUGACCAAGGAUGAGGAGGAGAUGGAGGAAGCCACCAAUCAGAAGCUCGCCCUGCAGAAGGCCAAGGAGGUAGCAGAAGUCAGCCCCAUGUCUGCAGCCAACAUUUCCAUAGCCGCCAAGCAGCAGAACUCCUCCAAAUCCAAGUCGGUUUGGGAGCAGCGAACCAGCCAGAUUCGGAUGCACAAUUUCCGAGCCAGCUGUGAGGCUCUGUACAAUGAACUGGACCCUGAGGAGCGGGUGCGCUAUGCCACGACCCUACACAUCCGUCCAGACAUGAAGACCCACUUGGAUCGGCCACUGGUGGUGGAGCCAAGGGGUGAAGGGAGGAACAACAUCAGCAAGCUGAGCCCUGUGGAUAUGCAGGAGGUGGAGCAGAUCAAGGUCAGCUCUACUGAUGGAGCAGAAGCUCCUCGGAAGCAUCACCGGCAUCGGGAUAAGGAGAAAUUGGGAGAGCAAGAGAAAGGUGAUGUGACCAAAGAUGAAAAUGGGGAAUCUGGCAUCAACAAUAAGGAGGAGAGGCACAGGCAGCACAGAAGUCGCAGCAAGGAAGUGGAAGGGGGCAGCAAGGAAGGGAAAGGUGAGCGCAUCAGGGGCCUGGAAGGAGGGAAGAGGCACCAUCGCCGGGGGUCGGUGGAAGAAGGCGCUGAAAAGGAGCACCGGAGGCACCGCACGCACCGGCACUCUGCAGAACGGCAAGGCAAGGAGGGCAAUGGGACCAUCAAUGGGGCCAGGAGCGAGCGGAGAACCCGGCACCGUGGAGGGUCGAGGUCUGGGAACCGGGAAGGAGAGCCCUGCUCCAAGGGUGAGAAUGGAGAGGAGCCUCACAGACGGCACCGGUUCAGGAGCAGGGCGUUGUCGACGUACGAUUCGGUGGAGAAGGAGAACAGGGAGAAGGAAGGGGAGACUGCUGAGAAGGAGCACCAGAAUCAUCAGCCCAAGGAGAAUCAGUGUGAGAUUGAGGCCAGUGGGAGUGUGAGCAUCCCGGUGCACACCCUUCCCAGCACCUAUCUGCAGAAAGUGCCGGAGCAGCCAGAAGAUGCUGACAACCAGAAGAACGUGACACGCAUGAUUCAGCCGCCUCUGGACAAAACCACCACUGUGAACAUCCCUGUCACCAUCACUGCCCCGCCAGGAGAAACCACCGUCAUUCCCAUGAACAACGUUGAGUUUGAAAGUAAAGCAGAAGAGAAGAAGGACGUUGAUGACUUGACAAAAAAUGGGCCUAAACCAAUCUUGCCUUACAGUUCCAUGUUCAUCCUAAGUCCUACGAACCCGAUCCGGCGUCUCUUCCACUACAUCGUCAACCUGCGCUACUUCGAGAUGGUCAUCCUCAUCGUCAUUGCCCUCAGCAGCAUUGCCCUGGCAGCAGAAGACCCCGUCCAAGCAGAAUCGCCGAGGAACGAUGCUCUGAAGUACUUGGAUUAUAUAUUUACGGGUGUCUUUACCUUCGAGAUGGUGAUCAAGAUGAUUGACCUGGGGCUGUUACUCCACCCUGGCUCCUAUUUCCGUGACCUGUGGAACAUCUUGGACUUCAUUGUGGUCAGUGGGGCCUUGGUGGCAUUUGCCUUCUCAGGAACCAAAGGCAAGGACAUCAACACGAUCAAGUCGCUGCGGGUUCUGCGGGUCCUCCGACCACUGAAGACCAUAAAACGGCUGCCAAAACUAAAGGCUGUCUUUGACUGCGUGGUGAAUUCCCUGAAGAACGUCCUCAACAUCCUCAUUGUUUAUAUGCUCUUCAUGUUCAUCUUUGCUGUCAUUGCUGUGCAGCUCUUCAAAGGCAGAUUCUUCUAUUGCACCGACGAGUCGAAAGAGCUGGAGAAGGAUUGCAGGGGUCAGUACCUUGACUAUGAAAAAAAUGAGGUGGAGGCGCAGCCCAGAGAAUGGAAAAAAUACGAGUUCCAUUACGACAACGUGCUGUGGGCUCUGCUGACACUUUUCACUGUCUCCACAGGAGAAGGGUGGCCAACUGUGCUGAAGCACUCAGUGGAUGCUACCUACGAGGAACAGGGUCCCAGCCCUGGCUACCGAAUGGAAAUGUCUAUCUUUUACGUGGUGUAUUUUGUUGUCUUCCCUUUUUUCUUUGUGAACAUCUUUGUGGCGUUAAUCAUAAUCACCUUCCAAGAGCAAGGAGAUAAAGUGAUGUCAGAAUGCAGCCUAGAGAAAAAUGAGAGGGCCUGCAUUGACUUCGCCAUAAGCGCCAAGCCGCUGACCCGCUACAUGCCUCAGAACAAGCAGUCAUUUCAGUACAAGAUGUGGAAAUUCGUGGUGUCCCCUCCCUUUGAGUAUUUUAUCAUGGUCAUGAUUGCACUCAAUACUAUUGUUCUCAUGAUGAAGUUCUAUGAUGCUCCAGAAGCAUACGAAGAAAUGUUGAAAUGCCUGAAUAUUGUCUUUACAUCCAUGUUUUCAAUGGAGUGUGUGCUGAAGAUCAUUGCCUUUGGUGUGCUGAAUUAUUUCCGAGAUGCCUGGAAUGUCUUUGAUUUUGUAACAGUGUUGGGAAGUAUUACUGAUAUUUUAGUAACAGAGAUUGCGGACAACUUCAUCAACCUCAGCUUCCUGCGGCUCUUCAGGGCAGCAAGACUUAUCAAACUCCUUCGCCAGGGUUACACUAUCCGCAUCUUGCUCUGGACGUUUGUGCAGUCAUUUAAGGCCUUGCCUUACGUGUGUCUUCUCAUUGCAAUGCUCUUCUUCAUCUAUGCCAUUAUUGGCAUGCAGGUAUUUGGAAACAUUGCACUAAAUGAUGAAACCUCCAUCAAUCGGCACAAUAAUUUCCGUACCUUCCUUCAAGCCCUGAUGCUUCUGUUCAGGAGUGCCACAGGGGAAGCCUGGCAUGAGAUCAUGCUGUCAUGCCUGAGCAGCAGGGCCUGCGACCCGCUCUCUGGCCUCACCAAGAACGAAUGCGGCAGCGACUUUGCCUAUUUCUACUUCGUGUCGUUCAUCUUCCUCUGCUCCUUCCUGAUGUUGAACCUGUUUGUGGCUGUAAUCAUGGACAACUUUGAAUACUUGACAAGAGACUCCUCCAUCCUUGGGCCCCAUCAUUUGGAUGAGUUUGUUCGUGUCUGGGCUGAAUAUGACCCAGCUGCCUGCGGGCGCAUCAGUUACACAGACAUGUAUGAGAUGCUGAGACACAUGUCCCCACCUCUAGGCCUUGGAAAGAAAUGCCCUGCUCGCGUUGCCUAUAAGCGCCUGGUGAGGAUGAACAUGCCCAUCUCACCCGAGGAUCUGACAGUCCACUUCACCUCCACGCUGAUGGCCCUGAUCCGCACUGCUCUGGAAAUCAAGCUUGCCUCAGGGGGUGUUAAGCAGCACCAGUGUGAUGCUGAGCUGAGAAAGGAGAUCUCUCUGGUUUGGCCCAACCUGUCCCAGAAGACACUGGAUUUGCUGGUGCCUCCUCACAAACCUGAUGAGAUGACUGUGGGGAAGGUCUACGCAGCGCUCAUGAUAUUUGACUUCUACAAACAGAACAAGAACAGCAGGGAACAAGUCCACCAGCCUCCUGGGGGGCUCUGCCAGCCCGGACCGGUGUCACUCUUCCACCCCUUGAAGGCCACUUUGGAGCAAACCCAACCCUCAGCCUUCAGCAAUGCGAAGGCAUUCCUGCGCCAGAAAAGCUCAGCCUCGCUCAACAACGGGGGCACAUUGCCAGCCCCAGAGGGUGGGAUCAAAGAGUCCAGUUCCUGGGGGACCCAACGCACCCAGGAUGUGUUUUAUGAAACCAGGACCCCAGCUUUUGAACGAGGCCACUCAGAGGAGAUCCCCAUUGAACGGGUGGUGGAAAUGAGGGAAAUCAGCCCCACGCUUGCCAAUGGAGAGCACCAACCAGGGCUGGAGAGCCAGGGUCGGGCAGCUUCCAUGCCGCGCCUGGCUGCCGAAACUCAGAGGAGCAAAGCACGGUCACCUGGGAGUUACCUAGCACCCAUCCCGGACACGAGCCCCAUGAAGCGCUCUAUCUCCACGCUGACCCCGCAGCGUCCACAUCCCAUGCACCUCUAUGAGUACUCCCUGGAACGCGUGCCCACGGACCAGGUGCAUCACCACCACCACCACCGCUGCCACCGGCGGAAAGAGAAGAAGCAGAAGUCCUUGGACAGGACCACACAUCAGCUGGCCGAUGGGGAAGCUGUGGCCCAGUCUGGUGAAUCUUCUUCCAAGGACAAGAAGCAGGAGCGUGGACGGUCCCAAGAGAGGAAGCAGCACUCUUCCUCCUCUUCAGAAAAGCAGCGCUUCUACUCCUGUGAUCGCUAUGGCAGCCGGGACCGAUCCCAGCCCAAGUCUGCUGAUCAGAGCAGGCCCACUUCGCCCAAUGGUGGGCCUGAGCAAGGUCCCCACAGACAGGGCAGUGGUUCGGUUAACGGGAGCCCCUUGCUGUCGACAUCUGGUGCUAGUACCCCCUGCCGGGGUCGGAGGCAGCUCCCGCAGACCCCCCUGACCCCACGCCCCAGCAUCACUUACAAGACCGCCAACUCCUCGCCCGUCCACUUCGGCACGUCGCCGGGCGGCCUCCCGCCCUUCUCCCCGGGCCGCCUGAGCCGCGGGCUGUCUGAGCACAACGCGCUGCUGCGUGGGGACCAGCAGCCGCCCCCAGCCGCGGUUGCCCGCAUCGGCUCCGAUCCUUACCUGGGCCACCGCGACGCCGCCGACAGCCCGGUGAGCGCAGCGCCCGAGGACACGCUCACCUUCGAGGAAGCCGUGGCCACCAACUCGGGCCGUUCCUCCAGGACUUCUUACGUCUCCUCCUUGACCUCCCAGUCUCACCAAGCACGCCGGGUGCCCAAUGGCUACCAUUACACGCUGGGGCUCAACACGGGGCCCGGCACUGGCACCAGGGGACGGAGCUACUACCACGAAGCCGACGAGGACGACUGGUGCUAGCGGCACAGCCAAACCCUCGGAGGCGCACACGGGGAAAGUCGAUGAGUUUUAUCAUCUGGAAGGCUGUGCGCUCAGACACGCGGUGCCGGGGGGUGGCCCCUGCUGCCAGAACUGCUCUGCUCCACUCCGAGACCUCCGGAGACAUUUGUGCAGCCUCUC